AUGGAUUACAUCAGUUGGACACCACUUCACACUGCAAUACAUCAGGCAGCUGUUCCUUCACACUGCAAUACAUCAGGCAGCUGUUUCUUCACACUGCAAUACAUCAAGCAGCUGUUCCUUUACACUGCAAUACAUCAGGCAGCUGCUCCUUCAUACUGUAACACAUCAGGCAGCCGCUCCUUCACACUUCAAUACAUCAGACGGCUGCUCCUUCACACUGCAAUACACCAGAUGGACAGUACUUCACACUGUAAUACAUUGGGUGAACACCACUUCACACUGCAAUACAUCAGGCAGUUGCUUCUUCACACUGUAACACAUCAGACGGCUGCUCCUUCAAACUGCAAUACACCAGAUGGACAGUACUUCACACUGUAA